AUGUCGGAGAAAAGACCCAUUAAGCGACUUGUUGUUUUGGUGGAUGGUUGUGAGGCGCGCGAGACGAAAAAGGAGACGAAUCCUUCGACUAUCUCCAGGAUCAAGCAACUAACCCGUGAUGGCCUGAUUGAGUCAAACGGAUACACUAUCGCUCAGAUUCCCAAGUACUAUGUCGCUACGAGCAGCGUCACAAAGUUGAGCGAUCGACUGAGGUCAAAAUCCACAAACGAUGAGUCGGCUACCUUGAUCAAAAGUAUUGUUGAAGAUAUCUGUCUCGUGCUGGAACGACCCGAAGACGAACUCUGGCUCUACGGUUCAGGCCACGGAGCCUUUAUUGCUCGCGCCGUCGCCGGUAUCGUGCACCGACUAGGAUUGCCCAACUCCGACAACUUCGAUGAGCUUUAUGAUGCGUCUGUCGGGCUUAUCAAGGCACAAAUCGAUGACGAUUUCAAACGAGGACCCCAACUACUCCAGAAGAUCAAGAGCGGAGCCGGCGACCCUCCAAGGAUACCAUUUGUCGGUCUUUUCGAUACCACGAUACACAGCUCGAAAACAAGCUAUGACAUCUCAUUCAACACAUCCAUCGAGACUCUUCGUCAUGCUCUAGGUAUGAACGAAAAUCAUUCUAACAGGGUGCCCGAGCUCUUCAGUAUCCCGGAAGAUGCAGACAUGACCCAUCGGUCGCUAGUCCAGGCCUGGUUCAUGGGCACACACCAGGAUAUGAUCGGUGGCACAGCUCACGAUGGGCUCUCUCUGUAUCCGCUGCAGUGGAUGAUCUUGGAGAGUCUCUACUCUGGUCUUGGCCUCAAUAACAUGGGCGAUUCAAAGGCCAAUGACAAUCCCAUGACUUUGGUCUUUCCUCAAUAUGCUGGCAACUUGCCGGCUUUGGACGGAUCGGAAGAGAUUGAGUGGCGUCUUCAGUACACGAACGGGCUUCGCACCAGCAUGUUUGACCUCCAGAGUGCCCAUGGCAAGAAGUCGACGACAGGGGUAGAGACACACUCUAUCAAGCCGGACACAGAUUGCUUUAAGCGACCCGCAAAUCGAAAGAUAUUUGAAGGGCUUGACAAGACACUGAAAGGGUGGUGCGACGCAGGACCCUACGGAAACAUGAUACACCCUUCGGUAUUUUGCAUUCUUGACAGGUAUCCCCGACACGGCGACCUCAACAGCUUUAAACUCCUCAAGAAGCCGAUUUCCAAUUUCCAAGAUGCGCACCUCAUCGCCGAAGAGGACCAAAUGGCACCUUGGCUCAGAGAUAUGCAGCUUGAAGCAAGCGGAGUCAAAGCCUUUCGAAUUCUGGUCUGUGGCAAAACAGGUGUCGGAAAGUCAACUCUGAUCAACAAGGUAUUUGGUGUUGAGAUGACUGAUGAGUCGCUUUCUUAUGAUCAGGGUGUUCACGACAUCAACGUGGCUUUUGAAUCGCCAAAACAUCCAGGGCUUUUGAUUCAUGAUUCAAGAGGUUGGCAGGCUGGUAGCGAUACAGAAUUGGACUUGAUCGCCAAAUUCCUUAGACAUAGAGCGUUCCAGGAAGAUCCCGCCGAGGCUCUACACGUAAUCUGGUUUUGCGUCGAUUCCGACGUCGCCCGCAUUGAAGAAGCAGAAAAGCGGACGUUCGCCACAAUCGCUCAAUAUUCACACCAAGUCCCUGUUUUUGUUGUCGGCACAAAGAAAGAUAAACUCACAGCUCAACACAAAGAACUCUAUUUAGAUACGCUGAUGGAGAAAAUGGACGACUACAAGGAAGCCAAGAAACUCGCCGAAGCGAGUGCUAAUGCUAAAGCGGAGGAGCAAUUCGCCGAGCUGAGAAGUCAGCUCUCGCAGAUCGAGCAUUACAAAGCUGACGGUUUCUGUUGCCUGUCAAAGAAUGACGAUGCCGGAAUCAAAGAGCUACUCACCCAAACCCUCGACCUCAUUGUCGACGAACGCGUACGUCUCUUCUGUGUUGCAGCUCAAGUCGUUGAUGUUGAACAGAAGAUCAACUCAGCGAUAACAGAGUGUAUGAGACUAGGAACACACGCGAUCCGCACCGCCGCCGUCCCUCUUCCGUGCUCGGGCAUGAUUGGAACACCAACUGUAUCACGUCUCAUUUGCGAACACGUCCUCCAGUGUUUCGGUUUUCCCAAAGCCGCACCGACUGAGAUCGAGGCAAUCAUGACGGAUAUCGUCUUGAGUAAUUUCAAAGAAUACAUCAAGGUCUCAAUGUCGCAAUUCGCUGCUGUAAGCGCUGUUGCAGUGGGUGUUGCAGUGCCGACAAUGGGUAUUGGUGUCAUUCUUGGCGCGGCUGGUUGUUUGUUUGCUCUCCCACCGACGGCGAGAAUGCUUCUCAAGUGUUCUUGCGAUAUGAUUCUUAUUCUAGAACGAUCAUUCCGAUACGAUGGAAAGUACGUCUCAAUCAAGCAAAUCGAAGACGCCGCCAAAUACUACGCAAAGGAGACGAUCACAACAUUUAACGGCAAAGAGAAGCGGCUGCAACAACAAGUCCAUGACGAAAUCGACCAGCUCAUUCCUCUCAAGAAACUCAACGUGGGAUUCAAGUUCAAUAAGCUACGAUCGUCUAUUGAUGAUAUCGUAUACCGGAACAGAUUCGGCAAUCCUCCCGACUACGCGUCCUUGAAGAGUCCGUCCAGUGUAGGGUUUGCGGAGUCUAGUGGACCUGUUGAAUUGGACGCAGGACCUGUCAUUUCUGAAUUACCUGGCGAUCAAGUCGACCUGUCAACGGUAUCGAAAUCAGACGAGAAGGCUGCGCCGGUCACGGAACUUGACUCGACAGAGAUCCAGUCACUAGAGAAUCCUCGACCGGUUGCCUCGAACUCAGUUGUACCCGUGGUGACUGGUCCCUCGUUAGCCAACAAGCUUGUCGAACUGAACGUACAACCGCCUGAGCUGCCAGGAAAUGUGCCCGGUGAAACCGGUAAGGGCCAACUGGAGGUUCCCCAGAUGACAGCGAGAAGUAAAUCUGACUCAUCUGGUUCCCGCUGGAAAUUGUCUUCGUGGAAGUUGAGUCGCAAGUCGAAGACGACGAAGCAAUAG